AUGGUUUCUCUCAAGCGCGUCCUGGCCGGCUUGACCGUCUUGCCUACUGUUCUGGCCCAUCCUCCUCCCUUUGCUGAUGGCCGGGGACACAAGAUUGCACCCAAGGUGUUCAUCAUUUCGAUGUUUGCCCCCGAGGGUGAAGCCUGGUGGGGGAUCCCCGAGUUCGACAUCCUGGCUCACAACAUCACCGUGCCUGGCCUGUCGCCCCUGUUCCCUCACGUCCACUGCACAGCCGACCAUGCUGUCUGCCAGCUGAUCACUGGCGAAUCCGAAAUCAACGCCGCCGUGACCAUGACCUCGCUCGUGUUUUCUGACCUGUUUGACCUGCGCUCGACCUAUUUCUUCGCCGCCGGUAUCGCCGGUAUCAGCCCGCUGCAGGGAACAACCGGAUCCGCUGCCUUUGCUCGAUACGCCAUUCAAGUCGCCCUCCAAUACGAGUUUGACGCACGCGAGAUCCCCCAGAACUUCUCGACUGGAUACGUGCUACAAGGAGCCUUGGCGCCCGGUCAAUAUCCGCUCAGCAUCUACGGAACCGAGGUGUUUGAGCUGAACCAGGACCUGCGAUCGCACGCUGUGGCCUUUGCAAAGAAGGCAAAACUGGCCGACUCGACCACUGCACAGGAAUACCGUGCCCAUUACAAACAGAACGGCACACACGAACAGUACAAGAUCGCCGCGUUGCCUCCGUCCAUCCUGGAAUGCGAUGUUGCGACCUCGGACGUGUACUAUAGCGGAAACCUGCUCAGUCAAGCCUUCGACAACACGACUCGGAUUCUCACCAAUGGCACCGGUACGUACUGUACUACUGCGCAGGAAGACAACGCCUCGCUCGAAGCCCUCCUGCGAGCUGCCCUCCAUGGCCGCGUCGAUUUUGCGCGUAUCGUUAUUAUGCGCACCGCAUCCGACUUUGACCGCCCGUACCCCGGCGAAAGCCCAACUUACCACUUGCUGCAGGCCGAGCAAGGUGGAUUCGAAAUCGCGGUGGAGAAUAUCUACAGAGCCGGCAUUCACGUGGUGCAGGGCAUCUUGGAUGGGUGGAAGGAAACCUUUGAUCACGGAGUGAAGCCGUCUAAUUACAUCGGUGAUAUCUUUGGUACCUUGAACGGAAAGCCUAACUUUGGGCCUGGGCGUGCCCAGUCACUGGAGGAGUCUGGGGCGCUGUUGACGAAGAGAUCGCGCGCCGAGCUGAGCAAGAGACGUCCGCUACGAUUGUAA